AACUGGUGAGUGAUGCGCUUUGCUGAAAUUUUACAAUCAUGCUGGCUAACGACCCUCUUCGGUGCGCUUUUGUGCCUCGGUGGAUCGAUACUUCUGGUGUGGAAUGAGGGCCGGGCGAUCAGAAUCAUUCUCUCGCUUGAUGAAGCACUAGCGGAUGCAAUCACCGUGAGGGCGGACAGCCCAUACGAAAAACAGUUCGAAGGACGUUUGGUGCACCUUAAUGGGGCGCUGGCAACGGGGGAGCCCCUCACCGAACCGGACUACAACAUUCAGGUCCAGGCGGUGAAGCUGAAACGCAGAGUGCAGAUGUACCAGUGGGUCGAGGAGACUGUCGAGCACCGGUUCGGCGAAUCGGUAGCAACGGUGGAGACGGAUGAUAGAUCCUACUUCUACAACCGCGAGUGGCGCGAUGAUUUGGUCGACUCGAGAAGCUUCUACAUCCGCAACGGGCACCACAAUCCGACCACAUUUCCGCUCGAUUCAACGGUACACGUCUCCGAGCACGUGUACAUUGGGCCGUACGAGCUGGGCGAUGUGGCCAAGAAUCGGUUCCAAACGUACCAAGAAGUGACGUCCGAUACGCGCCCCGAAGAUCCGUCGGUUCGAUUGCACACGGGGCUAUACUAUCACUGCAACGACAUCUGGAACCCGGAGGUCGGGGACAUUCGGAUACAGUUCGCUUACGCCGGAUUGGAGGGCUCGUACGUGACGAUCGUGGGCAGGCUGGAGAAGGGACGGAUUGUGCCGUACGAAUCGACACACGCGCGAAAAGUGUUGCUGAUGGAGUCAGGUGAACACAAUCUGCACGGGAUUUUUCGCAUCGAGCACCAGCAGCAGCGGUUGGUGACGUGGGGCGUACGAUUCGUCGGCUGGGUGUUGCUCUUUUUCUCGUCCAUUUGCUGCGGCCCGAUUAUGGAGCAUUUGGUGCGCGAGCACAGGUUGUUGCGCAUGUUCGCGCCCCACGGCCGGUUCUCGCUGAUGAACAAUGUUACCUUAUCGCUGUCGGCCGGGUUGGCGAUCGUGUCCGUUGCCUGGAUCGUGUACCGUCCGUGGCUGGCCGGUGGACUGUUGCUCGCGGCCAUGUCACCGUUUCUAUACUGUGCGCGGGGCGUCGUGGGCACCUACCAACGCAUUGACUGAAUGAACCCGUGUGUGGCAUAAAUUUUAAUAAAUUAUUUAUUUAUAAUCUUUGUAACUAACA